CCAGAAGCGGCUGGACCCGGAAAUAGGGGUUGUCGGUAGCCGCCCCGGGAACAAGGACCGGAGCUGGAUCCGCGGUGAGGCUGUGGGAGUCAGCAUUGGUAAUAGUGCUGUGCUGCGGAAGAGUGGAGUCUAAACUUUUUCAUUGCCAGUGCCCCGAAACUGGAGUGUGAAGGACCGAGACAAGAUGAAGACCGUGCUCAUGGUUGCUGAAAAGCCGUCCUUGGCACAGUCAAUUGCCAAAAUCCUCUCUAGAGGGAGCCUGUCCUCACACAAAGGGCUGAACGGGGCCUGCUCAGUCCACGAGUACACUGGGACCUUUGCUGGCCAGCCAGUGCGCUUCAAGAUGACGUCUGUCUGUGGUCACGUGAUGACCCUGGAUUUCCUGGGAAAAUACAACAAAUGGGACAAAGUGGACCCCGCAGAACUGUUCAGCCAAGCUCCCACGGAGAAGAAAGAAGCUAACCCCAAGCUGAACAUGGUGAAGUUCCUGCAGGUGGAGGGCAGAGGCUGCGACUACAUCGUGCUGUGGCUGGACUGCGACAAGGAGGGGGAGAACAUCUGCUUUGAGGUUCUUGAUGCUGUUCUGCCCGUCAUGAACAAGGCCCAUGGUGGCGAGAAGACCGUGUUUCGGGCCAGGUUUAGCUCCAUCACGGACACAGACAUCUGUAAUGCCAUGGCCUGCCUGGGCGAGCCUGACCACAACGAGGCGCUCUCAGUGGAUGCUCGCCAGGAGCUGGACCUGCGAAUCGGCUGUGCGUUCACCAGGUUUCAGACUAAAUAUUUCCAGGGGAAAUACGGUGAUUUAGACAGCUCUCUCAUCUCCUUUGGGCCAUGUCAGACUCCAACCCUGGGAUUCUGUGUGGAGAGACAUGAUAAAAUCCAGUCCUUCAAACCAGAGACCUACUGGGUGCUGCAGGCCAAGGUUAACACUGACAAAGACAGGUCUCUCCUUUUGGACUGGGACCGAGUAAGAGUGUUCGACCGGGAGAUCGCACAGAUGUUUUUAAACAUGACAAAGCUGGAGAAGGAAGCCCAGGUGGAGGCCACAAGCAGGAAAGAAAAGGCCAAGCAGAGGCCCCUGGCCCUGAACACUGUGGAGAUGCUGCGUGUGGCCAGCUCUUCUCUGGGCAUGGGGCCGCAGCACGCCAUGCAGACGGCUGAGCGGCUCUACACGCAAGGCUACAUCAGCUACCCACGGACAGAGACCACCCACUACCCUGAGAACUUUGACCUGAAGGGCUCUCUGCGGCAGCAGGCCAACCACCCCUACUGGGCCGACACGGUGAAGCGGUUGUUAGCAGAAGGUAUCAACCGCCCGCGGAAAGGCCAUGACGCUGGCGACCAUCCCCCCAUCACCCCCAUGAAGUCUGCCACAGAGGCCGAAUUAGGGGGUGACGCGUGGCGGCUCUAUGAGUACAUCACCAGACACUUCAUCGCCACGGUCAGCCAUGACUGCAAGUACCUGCAGAGCACCAUCUCCUUCAGAAUUGGGCCCGAGCUCUUCACCUGCUCCGGGAAGACCGUCCUCUCACCAGGCUUCACGGAGGUCAUGCCCUGGCAGAGCGUGCCCCUGGAGGAGAGCCUGCCCACUUGCCAGCGGGGUGACGCCUUCCCUGUGGGCGAGGUGAAGAUGCUGGAGAAGCAGACGAACCCACCCGACUACCUGACGGAGGCCGAGCUCAUCACGCUCAUGGAGAAGCAUGGCAUCGGCACAGAUGCCAGCAUCCCUGUGCAUAUCAACAACAUCUGCCAGCGCAACUAUGUCACGGUGGAGAGCGGGCGCCGGCUCAAGCCCACCAACCUCGGCAUUGUCCUGGUGCACGGCUACUAUAAGAUUGAUGCAGAGCUGGUGCUCCCCACCAUCCGCAGUGCAGUGGAGAAGCAGCUGAACCUGAUCGCCCAGGGCAAGGCCGACUACCGCCAGGUCCUUGGCCACACCCUGGACGUGUUCAAGAGGAAGUUCCACUACUUUGUCGACUCCAUUGCUGGCAUGGAUGAGUUGAUGGAGGUGUCUUUCUCGCCCCUGGCGGCCACAGGCAAGCCCCUUUCACGCUGUGGGAAGUGCCACCGCUUCAUGAAGUACAUCCAGGCCAAGCCAAGCCGCCUGCACUGCUCCCACUGCGAUGAGACCUACACGCUCCCCCAGAACGGCACCAUCAAGCUCUACAAGGAGCUCCGCUGCCCUCUGGAUGACUUCGAGCUGGUCCUGUGGUCAUCAGGCUCUCGGGGAAAGAGCUACCCGCUGUGCCCCUACUGCUACAACCACCCACCCUUCCGAGACAUGAAGAAAGCCACCCGAGGAGAGACACCUGUGCGGGAUCCACUGUGUGUUGGAAACUCCCUCCACACUCCACCCGUGCCUCACUGAGUGAUGACGGGAGCUCAGCAAAACAGCUUUCCAGACUGUUCAGUGGGACCUUUCUUUGAGGGGCAGGUCAGGAAUGUUUCGGACUCAGACCUGCCCCCGCCCCAACUCAGUAGUAGAUUCCCAGGCUGCACCAGGACUUAUAUGAGAGCUCCUGUAAGGAAACCCAGAGCCCACCAAGCAUACCCCACCUGGACCCCCUUCCUGGAGGCCCUCACAGGUUAACACAGGGGUUCCCUGGAACACAGUUUGGAGAGCUACUCGAAGCUGAAUGAAAAUACACAGAGACAUGGGGAACCACAUAGAGGGUCCUGGGAUGUGUCUCAGAAGCACAGGCUUCAGGAAGGAGGGGGUGCUCUCAGAGCUUCUGCCCCCUCCCACCCACUCUGGUCCCAUUCUGGGGCCCUAGCAAGGCCACACCUGUUAGGUCCCCAGUGCAGGGCUGUGACUCUGCUCUUCCACCCACAGGGCCCAGUGGACCUGGAGCCUUCUCCGCAGAAGGUUUCAAGACCUCCAGGACCCUUAGGUUAUAGGGCUAAUUCAGGCUUGGAGGAGCAGAGACGGUUCCUAGGUCUUAAACCCAGACCACCCAGUCCUUCCUUACUAUGCUUCUGCACUGCGCUUUCAGCCACAGGCAGGGAUAAUCACAAAGUGUUCCUUUUUUUUCCUCUGCAAUUGUCCCUUGUGUGUGACCCUCCUUCAAGGCCCUUGGCUUCCGCAGCUUGAUUCUGCACUCCGAGUCCAUUCACCUUCUCCCAUCCAAUAGCAUCCAACCCCGCUGCUACUGCUGCCAACCUGGCCUUGGGAGCAAUGAGGACAAGGAAGGGACAAGACCCCUUUUAGGCCAGAACUGCCUUCAGAUCAGCCACGCUCCAUGGGACUGUACCUCUGCCCUGGAGGCUGGAGAGGUCAGUGGCUGCAGACUGUCUCAAGGAGCCCCUGGCCCUGCCCACCUAGCCAGGGGUGCAGCCUUGCCAGAGAAGCAGAGAAGCGUCUGUGGCUGGGUGGGUGAUAUUGAAAGAUUCCUUUCACCAGGGUGGAAGCCAGGAUCUGAGGCGUGAUGGAAUGUGGACAGUGAGGCAGUGACAGCGCCACAAGGCAGGAGUCAUCUCCAGGCAGGUCUUUGGCCUGGAGCCCAUAGGGACAAGCUCCUGGUGGUGCCUCACUUUGCCAUCCUCUCUAAGCCGCAGACCUUGAAUGGAAUCAGUGCUCAAGAGUCUAACUGGGCCCCCUCUGAGGAUGCCUGUGGGAAUAUCAGCUUUUACCGCACCACACUGCACUUUACAGUGUGGGAGGGCCUGCCCCACGCACCACCUCACCUGUACUGCGGUUCUCAAACUUCACCCUACAGCCAUUCUGUUGUAGGUGAUCUCAGGGGCAGUUUGAGAAACAGUGGCUCAGGGUCUCACAGCAGCCCUCUGAGAUAGGUUGGUUGCUAUUGUCCCGAUUUUUUCUCAUCAAGAAACUGAGGCUCAGGUGAGCUAAGGAAUGUGCCCAGGGCCACUGUUUAUAAGAAGUAGCCUCAAGCCUUGCUCAUGGUUACUGCCCUGACAGGGAUCGAGGAAGGAGUGAGCAGGAGAAUGGGAUGAGGCAGGACCCUCCGCUCCAGCCCUGCUUUCUCUGCCCAGACACCUCCUGCCUUGCAGACCCAACCCCACCCCAGAUGGUUUCCUUUCCAGUCACCCAGCUGCUAGUUCUCCAGGUUCCUGGUCUCACUCCAGGUUCCUCCUGUUGGAGAAGCAUCCCAGAGACAUUCAUUCCUGGCAAGGACACAGGCCUGCGGACCUGAAGGCCAGGUGGGCAGAGCCACAUAAGAUCUGGUGCCCCAUCCUCCAUUUAAAAAAUUAUACUUUCCAACUGCAUUGGUAUAAAGGUGAAUAUAUUAAUAUCAUAUAUUAAAACAUUUUCUUU